AUGAAAAAUAGUGCUUACAAGGUGAUAGCUCAGAAAUAUUUUGAGAAGACUAAACUCAGGCAUGAACCGAAGCAAUUCAAAAAUAGAUUCUCCCAAUGCAAGACCAUGUACCAGUGGCUCAAAUGGGCCGACGGUGAAACAGGCCUAGGCCGAAGAGAAAAUGGAGCUAUCAUAGCAGAUGACGAAUGGUGGGACAAACACACAAAGAAAAAAUACUCGGAGUGCAAGAAGUUCAAACGGUUCAUGCCUACUUACCUUGACCAACUUGCUGAGAUGUUCCAUGGUACUACAGUUGAUGGGAGGUCUUCUUGUAUCCCUGGGGAAAGUGAUGAUUGUGAUGAUGGGACCCUUAGGAGCCCAUCAAGUAGCAGCAGUAGAAAGAGGAAGAGCAGCACCACUGAUACAGCCACAAGUCCAGUCAAGAAACAUAAGAGUGCAAUGGUCAAGUGCAUGAAAGGGUUGAUAGACACCAUACAAGCUGCUAAUAACACAGAUGUUGAUGUCGCGAAACAGAUACAAGACCACAUUACCAAGAGAAAAUUAGAAGCGAAACAAUUGGAGGAGCAACAAGUGGAGGAGAAAAUAGAGAGAUGUAUGGAGCUAGUGAAAGAAUGUGGAGCAACUGAGGAGACAGAGGAGUUCUAUGUUGCUACUAUGUUGUUUGCAAAGAAAUACCACCGAACGGUAUUUCUCAAGUUGACGACAAAUGCAGGAAGGAUGGCCUGGUUGAAGAAAUGCAGCCGUGACUGGAGUGCUGGAAUCAUUUAG